CCAAAUUAAAAACUUAAGCCCAGUUGGUAUUUUAAUUCUGUCACAAAUAUUAAGAAGUAUUCCACUUUGGAAUCGAAAGUGGCAGUAGAAAGCAGUAUUGGAUGCCAUUCUACAAACCAACGAAAACUUGGAAAAGUCGGCCGUGAAUAGGUUUGUUUGACGAAAAAUCUUGAAAAAAAGUGCAUACUAGUAUCUUGUAAUUCUUUGGCUGUCAACUGUCUAAACUUUGGCUGUCAACUGUCUAAACUUUGGCUCUCAACUGAAAAACUCCUUGAAUCGAUAUUUUCCCACCUCUAAUUCUAAAUCUGUAAAGCUGGUAUGAAAAAUAUUCAAGUCAUCCUAAGAAAAAAAUAAGAAAAUAAUGAUUAAGUUGUAGAUGGCCUCCGCAGAAAACACGCCGCAUGAAGAACGGCGAAUAUGCGGGUUGGGUAACCAUACGCUAAAGACCCCAUACCGCAUAAUCAGGAACCCGUACUUACUUAAAUUUGGCAGAAUGAUAAACUCCGAGCUCCAAUCGCAACCAUUGUGCCUGAAUUGCUACAAUCAACUCCUGAGGAUGUACAACAUCAAGAACAACAAUGCCAGGAGACACCAGGCGGCAAGAGCGGCGCACAUUACAUCGGACUCUACAGUUGGUAGCGUUCAAAUAAGCGACGAGUCCGCAAGAGAAUCUACUUCUAACGGACCAGCGAUGGCGAACGCUUCUACAGUGAGUAGCAUUCAGAUGAGUGGCGAGUCCGCAAGAGAAUCUACUUCUAACGGACCAGCGAUGGCGAACGCUUCUACAGUGAGUAGCAUUCAGAUGAGUGGCGAGUCCGCAGGAGCAUCCUCUUCCGAUGGACCCACCACAAGCGCAGCCGCGGCGGCCAGAAGGGCAAGAAGGGCUUUGCUAGCACAGCAGUCUUCGGAUAGAUUAGUUUCCGAUGAUGAAGAUGCCAAUUCCAAUUUGAGCUUAAACGCAGUGAAUGGUGCCCGAUUGCCACAUAUCCAGCCAAUUCCACGAAGACGCUCUUUCGUUCACCUCAACAAGGAAGCCAUGGACAUUUAUCUGGCGGGAACCACUGGAGGUUCCUGCGGAACUAACUUCAUCUGGGGCUGCACCUGCGCAGGCGUGUGAAAUGUUCAUCACUUCCUCUGAGCCUUUUCUAUCGUAACUUUCGAACUCUUUCAGAGAUCGGGUGGG